CCCACCUCGGGGUUGCGCGCGCGCUCCCACUGCCAACGACUUCGCCGUCAUUUCGACGUCCAGAAGGAAAAAAAACGUGGCCUUUAAAAAAAAUUACAAUAAAUUUUUUUUUUUUAUCUAUUUAUCUUUUUUGACAUUUUCUCCAACAGUAUUUUUUUCUUUUUGCGGAUUUAAAGUCCGUCUACCUCCUAAAGCCGGGACUGAAUUUCGGAGCACCUGCUCACCUGCACUCAGUCAUGAGAACCUCUGUUGGGCUCCUCACCACUAUACUGUGGUUCCUGUCACCAAGUCUCUGCUGGGCUGCUAAGAUCAUCGUGGUCCCUCCGAUAAUGUUUGAGAGCCACCUGUACAUCUUUAAGACCCUGGCGUCAGCGCUGCACACUGAAGGCCACGAAACGGUGCUGCUGGUGUCAGAAGGUCGAGACGUGGCUCCUUCAGAGCAUUACCGUCUGCAGCGCUACCCGGGUAUAUUCAACAGCUCAUCCGCAGCCGACGACUUCCUGCAGUCCAAGGUCUAUAACAUCUUCUCGGGCCGCCCGACCCCGCUGGAGCUCUUCGACAUCCUGGAGCACUACGCGCAGAACUGCGACAGCGUGGUGGGCAGUAGUUCGGUGAUGGCGCAGCUGCGGCGGGAACGCUUCGACCUGCUGCUCGUCGACCCGAACGAAAUGUGUGGCUUUGUGCUGGCGCAUAUGCUGGGCGUGCCCUAUGCCGUGUUCAGCACGGGCCUGUGGUACCCGGCGGAGGUGGGCGCGCCGGCACCGCUCGCCUACGUGCCCGAGUUCAACUCCCUGCUAACGGACCACAUGACGCUGGUGCAGCGCGUGACCAACACCGUGGUCUACUUGGCGUCACGCAUCGGAGUGCAACUGCUCGUCCUUCCCAAGUACGACCGCAUCAUGUAUCGGCACGCCGUGCAGCCGCCAGCCUCCAUGCAUGAACUGGUGCAAGGCAGUCGCCUGUGGAUGCUGUGUACCGACCUCGCUCUAGAGUUCCCUCGGCCCACGCUACCACAUGUCGUCUAUGUCGGCGGAAUCCUCACCAUGCCACCGAAACCCCUUCCAGAGGAAUUUGCAGCCUGGGUGAAUGACACAGACGAGCACGGGUUCGUAGUGGUGUCGUUCGGCGCAGGGGUGAAAUACCUUUCUGAUGACAUCAGUUACAAGCUGGCAGGAGCUCUGAGACGCCUGAACCAGAAAGUCAUCUGGAGGUUUUCUGGAGUUCCCCCGAAGAACCUGGGCAACAACACAAAGCUGGUGGAGUGGAUGCCACAGAACGACCUGCUGGGGCACAGAAACACAAGGGCGUUCCUGAGCCACGGCGGGCUGAACAGCAUCUACGAGGCCAUGUAUCAUGGCGUGCCUGUGGUCGGGGUGCCCCUCUUCGGAGACCACUACGACACCAUGACCCGAGUGCAGGCUAAAGGCAUGGGCAUCAUGCUGGAGUGGAAGAAAAUGAGCGAGGAGGAUCUUUACACAGCCAUGCUGAACAUCAUGACGGAUAACAGGUAUCGAGAAAAAGCCCUGAAGUUGUCCGAAAUCCACAAAGAUCAGCCAGGCCACCCUGUGACGCGUGCCGUCUACUGGAUCAGCUACAUCCUGCGGCACCGCGGCGCAGAGCACCUACGUUCGGCCGUCUACAGCGUCCCCGUCUACCAGUACUUCCUGUUGGAUGUCGCUGCCGUCCUGGGCGCGGGCCUGCUUCUUGCGUGCUACUGCGUGUACUGGAUAGCCCGUGUUUUCGCCUCGUGUUUGAGGAGACGCCAGGCCUCUGCGGAAAAGGCCAACGGACACUGUCACAACGGCAUCGCGAACGGCAAACACAAACGCAACGGCCACGUCAAGAGCCUCGACAAGAAGCUGAAGUAACAAAAAAUCAAGAAAUAAAUGAAACAUCCAGGCAACGGGAAAAAAAAAACACGUAAUAGACGCUGAAGCUGUACUAAAGAGGAAAAAACUAACUAACGACAUGCCAUGCGCGACAGGAAAUAAAACACAGACCAACAAGACGAAGCUGAAAGCCAAAUCGAGCAGGAGGAGGAAGACCAGCAGGAUUUGGAUCGAGCUCCAAUUUGGACCAGAGUCUGAUUUCUUCACUCGUCCAUUUCGACCCCGGAAUAUCGACUCCAUCCCUGAAAGGAGAACAGUGACGUUUUAAUGUUACAAACGAAUUUGAUCAACAAGUCGCUUUCCUGAAGAUGUCUCAAGUUUUAGGUGUCUGUAUAGAAUAACUAUUUAAUUUCCUUUUCUUUUUUUUUUUUCUUUUCUUUUUUCCCUUCGCUUAUCUAUACCGAAGGUGCUCACGUCCCCUAAAUACGUCAGAGACGUGCUAGUAGUAGCUUUAGAGAUUAGAUUCAUGGUGGGCUUUGAAGGAAAGCAAUUCCACCCCGAACCACUUUUGAGAACAAUAAAGCGAACGCGAUUUUUAACGCUGCGAAAUGCUGCCAAACGUUUCGGCUUCGCGAGCGUUUUUUGUUCCAUUUCUCGGAAACAAACCUUUUCGAAGGCACGAGAAACAUCUUUUAGAGAAAACGAAACAAAAAAAACACGAUAGCGCGAGAAACAUCUUUCAGGGUCGAACUUUCCUUCAAAGCGAAGAGUUUUGGUGCAAAGCCGUAAACGCUGCUUCGCCAUAGAGGGCGCCCACCCGCCACUUUCCCUCCCCUCGUUAGCGUCUUCAUUUCACUUCAAGCCCUUUAAAGCGAACACCUUUCCUUUUUCAGGGUUUCAACAAUUUUCCAACCUUCCCCUUUUUUUUAUUUUUAAUUUUUUCCUCUUUUUUUAAAUAGGAAAACGCAUGGUUUUAAAACUUCCCUUUCUUUUACUUACGACUUUCUUUUCACCUUUCCACAUUUAACUUUGUGUGUGUUUGUGUGUGUGUGUAUGAAUGAAUAAAACCGGUUUUGGUUGUUGUGUAGAAAAAAACAAGCGCUGAUGCGUCCCCCCGAGGUGAGCAUGCCCCCUGUAAUGUACACCUUCAGUACUGUAGUUAAAAUCCCACACAUCCUCACAAACAGCUUUUUUUUCUUUCUUUUCUUUUUUCUUUUCUUUGUUUAUCUCUGGUUAGUCCCUUUAACGUUGCUGCUCGAAGAGUCCUGAUAACAUUUCACACAGAUCCGGACCGGUUUGUACUGUCCGAGUGAUCGUUCACGCAACUGACUACAAUUCGAAGCAGUUGUUUGUUUUUUUUUUACUUUUCUUUUUUCUAGAAUUCCUGUUUUUCUAGCAUCAUUUCAACAGAAAUAAAAAUCCGAAUCCUACGUCGAGGCGUAGCGUAAAAAAGUGGAACCGUGCCGGUGAGGAUGGAUCGCAUUAAAUCCUGUCACAAAAAUACUGACUGACCGAUAUCUCAAUCCAGCGUCAGAUAACAAAAACCAAACAAUAAAAAAAACGUGUAAAUAAUUCACAGGAACGCACCGAUUGGCCCAUUUUUACUGUGAGCUUUAGGCAUUUUUCCAGCCAAGCACUGUUUAUAAUUCCGUCCAUACUUGAAUACUGUACUGUAUCUGGCUGCGAAAUGGCUGCAAAUGCACAAUAAGCUAUGACCGGUGAAAUGACGCCAUCCUGAAAAAACCUUUUUAUCCGCUUAACUGUCUCUAUUUCUGCUCACACUUCGGUCAUAAUUACAGUAUUAAUAGACGCCUUAAAGCGCAAGAAGGUGCGUGUGGGUUUGUGCGUUUGGUCGUGUGUGCGCAUCCAGUGCUCUCUUCAUACUGCUAAUUUAAGAAAACGUUCAUUUCUCAACCCUUUCUUUCACUUUACUGUCACAUUCCCUCACUAGUCUCUGCUUACACGUAUUUUUUUAAAAAUGUUAUCAAGUAAUGAUUGGAAUAUUUUAAAGUGUCUAUUGUGUGUAAUGUAAAUAUAGUAUGUAAACAAAAAUACUAAUGUUAAAUAAACAUUAAAUAUUUUGUUUGCCUAAAA